UGACGUGUCAGCAAAACGAAGAGCAAGGAAUGAGCUCGAUCAGCAAAAAAAAAAGCCAAAAGUAUAAAUUCAUAUUUCGCUUCUUUAAUUAAAAGUGCUUCUUUAAAAAGUGGACGUUAAUCAGUGAUUGAAAGAAUAAAAAAAACAACUUUUUUUAAAUGAAUAAUGUAGCCACGAAAACUAGAUGUUUUCAUUUCAAGAUUGCAGUUUCUCACGCAGAAAUGGUGAUUUAUAAUUGAAUGACUAAUUCAUUAUCAGGAAACGGCAUGUAUAAGAAUCUGUUUACAAUUUCGCACGUGGGAUGAAUGAGGAAGAACUGUUGAAGCGAUCGGCUGCUGAAAGGGACAGAAUAUUCAGUUGUUACGAUCGUGGUAGAGAAAAUGGUGCACACAUCGAUCCUUGGGAAGACCCAAGUCUUCCGGUUUAUCACACAACUGACCGAUAUGGAUUUAUACAUGACGCGGAAUUACCGAAAGUGGAUAAAAAUGAAAUUAAGAUAAAACAGACGGAGAUGGAGAGGCUAAAGAAGUGGGAGAAGAUGACAAAAAAGUGGAAUGAUCCAGCGACUAAGGAGAAAUUACGACGUAGAAUAUAUAAAGGUAUUCCUGAUAGAUAUCGAGGACAAAUUUGGAGUACUUUAUUGGGUACUACAAAUUUAAAGAUUGAGCACCCGGGAAAAUAUGACGAGAUGCUGCAUUUGGCGAGACAAUGGUCCACGGAAAUAAGGCAAAUUGAUGCUGAUGUCGCUAGACAAUAUAGGGAUCAUAUUAAUUACAGAGAGAGAUAUAGUAUUAAACAAAAGUCCAUGUUCUACGUAUUGGCGGCCUAUAGUAUGUAUAAUAUGGAAGUUGGCUAUUGCCAAGGCAUGUCCGUCUUAGCUGGUCUACUUUUACUCUACAUGGAUGAGGAGGAUGCAUUUUGGGGACUUUCUGUACUGCUCACAGACAAAAAAUACAGCAUGCACGGAUUCUACGUAGACGGCUUUCCAAAAUUGAAUCGUUUUAUAGAACACCAUGACAAAAUAAUGACAAAGUUUCUUCCAAAGUUAAAGCGAAAAUUGGACAAGAGUGGUUGCGAUUCAAUAUUAUACGCUUUGAAAUGGUUCUUUGUUGUAUUUCAAGAAAGAACGCCAGUGAGUCUUGGACUUAGGAUUUGGGAUAUAUUUCUUUUGGACGGCGAUCGUAUUUUGCCAGCGAUGGCAUACACGGUGAUGAAAUUACACAAACGACAAUUACUUGCAAUGGAUAGUUUAGAUGAGUUUUGCAAUUAUUUACAAAUUAAGUUAGAAAAAGACUUUUCCUAUGACGACGAUGCCGUCAUUUCUGCCAUGGAACGAAGUAUAGAGGAACUGAAACGGGCUAAGUUGGAUUAUUCGGGUCCACCGUUGCCACACGAAUUACCACGUCAUCCAUUCGGUACAUUUAAGGAGCCCACAUUCACCAGCAAGGUGGGAAGACGAGCGGAGGAAUUCAGCGAGGCACAGCAAGUGACACGUGAAACGGUGGUGAAUCGAAGAGAUAUGGCUGUUAUUGAGGAGAAUCGUGAAAGUUCAACGCCAGUCGAGCCGGCGAAUUGCGGCAGUCUUGGUGGAAGCAAGUUCUCCUUCGAUCCAAGUCUAGACGAUGGGGCAUCACCCAAUGGGUCACGUCGAUCAUUAGCCGAUACAUCCGUUACUUCGACGGCGGAUCUCUCUGUAUUCAGUUCAGCGACACGUUCACAGGCCCAUGACAAUAGUCUCGAUACUCAGAGUAAUGUCUCGGACGGUAGUUCAGGUAGCGGUGGUUUACCAACUCCACGUGCAACGUCUCAUCAGCCAAGUCCCGAUGUCGUUAGAAUAUACGUACCCUACACGUCACCCACUCCAACCUCAUUUAAGGAUGAUCUUCCUUGUACUCUACCUCGCUCGUUAGAGACCAACAAAAUUCGCAUUCGCGUCGAUCCCGAUCAAACGCCCAUUGUCGAAAGUAUCAAACCAUUUGCUCUCGAGAGUCCUGAACUUGAACUCGACUUGAAAUAAAUUCCCCAAUUUUUUUUUCGCUUCAGUCAUUCCUCUUGUUGUCUCCAAUGUUUUUUUUUGUUUGCCCGACGAAGUCCUUUUUUGGAUUAAUAUUCUUUUUAAUUUUAUCUUUGUUAAUUUAAUUAAUUUUGUAGUUCCAUUUGUUCUGUAUUUGAAAUUUUUUCCUACAUUUUCUUUCUAAGAUACUCUUUUUUCUGAGAGGAGACAAAUUACGAGACAACAUUUGUAAUAUAGCCUGAAAGAUUUGACCUGUACUGUUAAUUUAUUCUUGAGAUAGAUUUUUUUUCACUAUCACUUGAAAAUUUCCAAAAAGACAAAGUUAUAAAGUUUGUAAUUUUUCGCUCCCCGAUUUUCUUUGAAAAUUUCUUGCAAAUGUUAGAAUUACAAAAAAUGAAAUAUUUAUUGAAACUUCGAUCUAGAAGUAAUAAAAAAAAAGGAAAAAUCGAAAGAGAAAAAAACAGACAAAUUUGCUCUUGUCAACGGCGAUGGCACAAUUUUAGAAAAAAAGGACAACAAAUACUCAUUUGUAAAAAUAUACACAUAUGCGUGUAUAAAUAUGUACAUAAAACGCGUAUAUGUAUAUAUAAAAGAAGAGUAACCGUUUUUAAAAGAAACCGUCUCUCUUCAAAAUACGUUUAUCAAAAAAAUUAUUUUGUGAAUGUUUUCAAAAAAAGAAAAAAAAUAUCAUGUACAAGUAGAGUA